GGAGUACCUGCUUUGCUCAGGGCCAGAUACGAAGAAGGCGUGGAUCAGGUAUAAAGGUACGCAGAGAGACACAGCUAUGCCAACUCAUGUUCAGACCUGACCGAGCUACUUUCCCUUCACGGCAGAAAGCCCUCACAGCGUCUCCUGGAUGGCGUACUCCACCAGCACACUCGCACAGGGCUGCUUUGGGAAGGUGUAUAAGGAGAGGUACAAUGGCACCUGGGCUGCAAUAAAGAAAGUCCCACAACAGCUCAUCCAAAGGAAUGACCUGGAGAGAGAAUGUGAAGUUUACAACAAGUCAGAUCAUCCCAACAUAGUGAAGCUUCUGGGCAACAUAACUCUUAAAGACGGAAAAUGGAUCAUUCCACUAGAGUUUAUCUUUGGAGAAGAUUUAGAGACAACUAUCUUCAAAUCUGCAAAGUCCAAGAUACUGUUAACUACAGAAAAUAAAGGUACCAUCAUUGUUGGCAUGUGUGAGGGACUGCUUCACCUUCACUCCAAAGAUAUUGUCCAUCAAGACCUCAAGCCCGAAAACAUCAUGGUGGAGCAUCAAACAAACAGAGCUGUAAUCAUCGACCUGGGACUUGCCAAGUUCUUCAGAUAUGGCCUAAACUCUGCAAUGGACAUGGGGAACGAGGCCUACUCAGCCCCUGAGGUUCUUAACAGGACCUGCCAACGGGACCAGCGUUCAGAUGUCUGGGCCAUGGGAAAGAUCAUUGCUGAGCUCUGUGCCCGGGUUCGGUUAUACACGCCUUCCGUCUGUCCCGCCAAGAUAAAGGAGACACUGAGGGAUCAGGCAUACUGCCAUGCUGUGUGUAAGAUGGUGGAUCCAAACCCUGCUCUGAGGUCCUCAAUGGUUGGGGUCAUAAGUGAAAUACGAAGAGCAGGAGGCAAAGGCAUUGUCAUAAAUGCAGCUGCUCCAAAAGAUCACCUCCAGCCACCUUCUACUCACAUUACUGACAGAGAACGGUCUCCAUCACCGAUGAACAGAGGUGCAUCUCCAAUGAACAAGAAUCCACCACCUAUGAGGGCUGCAUCACCCUUUGAUAAAAAUCCAGCACCAUCUCCAUUGAACUGGGAGCGGACCCCCAGACCAGACUUCAAACCUGUUCGUGCCCAGAUUGGGCUGAACAACCCUCCUUUCCCUAAGCGGGCUGAGGACAUGAAUGAAAACCGUGCUAUGAUCCCAGCAGGCCAAGCCAACAUCACACAGGACUUGUUAAAGAUGAAGUUGCACCAAGAAGCUACCAAGAAUAUUCCUUGUAACUUACCUACAAAUGGGAGGGUGGUGGUGAAGCGCUUUGAGAAGAAAGAUGGGGAGGUAGGAACAUGGGUGCAGACUGAGGUGGUGACUCGUGAUGGAGAAAUAAUUGAGUAUAAAGAUAUCAAGUUUAAUAGCAAAUAGGAUCCAGCGCAUUCUUUAUCACCCUAAUACACAACUUCAGAGUCUGGUUGAAUGCUUUAUUCAUAGGUUGAGUUAUUAAAGGCAAAAGUGAGACUGAGUAACUAGGUACCUUCUUGCACAGUUACAAAUAAGUCAGCAUCUGAAUGUAUUUAUGUUUACUGCUGAACUGCAUCAUGGUCUGGAAGUAGGUGGUGUCUAGUCUGCUAUAUCUGGGACUGAAACCUUCAGAGUGGUUUACUCCGGAUAGCAGGACAAUUUCUUUACCAUGUAACACAAAAAAGCAAGACAUAUACAAAUGUAUAUUUGUGUAUAAAGACAUUGUUAGUCAUCAGGUGAACUAUCGUCAUCUAUAGUUUUUUAAAACCUGCAUAAGAAUAGAUCCCCAUUCACCAAUUCACACAUUCACAUAAUGCUUCCGCUGUACAUGCUACACUCUCUGAGCACAUCGGAUGCACUUUUGAAUUUUUUUGUAGACUGUUUUAUAGAACCAGAACCUGUUUUAUAUGUCACGAGUUUGUUUUUGUUCAGCACAGUAAUGAGAUGCAUCUGAACCCCUCAACUUUUACAGUCAGCUGUACCCAGACUGCAGUCUUUUUGCUUUCUCAUCAGCCGUUUCCAGCUGUGGAAACGGGUCACUUCUUAAUGGACCUGACGUGCAUUUCCACCAGUUCUGCAUAUUAAAACUACACACACUUAGAUGAAAAGUGCAUGUAAGUUUCAUCUAAUUUUAUUUUAUUUUUUUAAGUACACAAAUGACUAAUGAUGCUGCCUGUCAGUAAAACCGAAAGAAUGACUGGACUACUUCCUGUUAGCAUGUGUUGCCGAUAACCUGAAACAAUUUGGUUUAUCAUUGCACCACACCUUUGUUUUAUUAGUUGACCCAUCCCGGUGUAGCUAUAGCAACCUGUUAUUCCUCAUGCUUUGAGUUUUUGUGUAAAGCUCUUGUGUGGUUUUGGAUUUUUGUCACUGUUGGGUUUUUUUUUUUUUUUUUUUUUUUUGUUCUUAGCCUUUUCACUUUUUUUUUAUUUAUUUUUAUUUUGUUUCCAGUCAGUAGCAUGAAUUCCUGGUCUUUUACAACCAUACUGACUGUAUGACUGCCAGCAUGUAGGUGAGUCAGUGUGAGUGUGAACUUGCGGGAACUGUGAAUAUGAUCUUUGUAACUUGGUAAUAGUUUACAGAUGAUUAUACUGAUGUAAAAAAGUGCAUGGCAUAGCCUGCAUGGGACAAAGUAUUUUAUAAAGAAAGUUUCCUAACCUGUGAAAUUAGCCUUCUGAAGGAAUCUAAACGGCAGUCAUGAUGGAAGCUGCUCAGAUUCCCUAAAUGUUAAGGACAGGAGCUUCAGUGCUUCUUUUAUUUUCUUUAGUACAGGAAAAAAUAUGCAAUCCUUUGUGAAACAAUGAAAAAUAUUCUGUCACACUAUUUCUUGCAGCCACAACUUUCAAAACUCUGCUCAGUUAUAUUGAUUUAGUCUAACUGAAUUUGUGGGGGGAUAAAUGAGAGGAGCAACAAACAACAUGUUUGCUUGCUUUUGUGCCUGUUUCUUUCUUUUUCAGAUGACCAACCUUGAUUAAUACUUUGUAUUACUUUUUUUUUUUCAUUAACAUGGUCUAUAUCUGAUAUAGCCUCAAUUUUAACAUUAAAUUUGUAAAGUAUUUAACAAACAUCUUUGUUACUUUUCUCCUUUAACCUUUUCUUUAUCUCAAGUUUUAUUUUUUUAGUGAUUUGAAGAGAGUGAGCUCAAGCAAAUACAAACAGAGGGUAAUGAUGGCUGUUUGGCCGUAUACAAAGGAUUGUUUAUGUUUAAAUGAUUUUUCUGUUUCGAAUGGAACUGCAAUGUAGUCAAAGUAUUCCCUCUAGUGGUUAACUUAAGAAACUGUCGUUACUGAAGUUGUUUUUUUUUUUCUUUUUAAAAUUUGUCUGCUGCACAGGAUUCUAUUGUAGUGUUUUUUUGUUUCUUUGUUUUUGUUUUUUUGGGGGCGGGGCAAUUUGAUUGGAGCCUUUUUUUUGGGUAGUGCUUUUCUUUUUUUUUGGGGGGGGGGGCUGGUUUUGGAUAAUCUUGUUUGUGUACUGUGCAAUGUUGGAUAUGAGUGGAGUUUUUUCUUGUAUGGUUUGUAUGUUUUUUUUUUGUUUGUUUGUUUGGAGGCUAAGUUUCCCAUGUAGCACAAUAAAGGGGGGUAAUGAUCACUGGCUCUACAAAGGCUCAUGUUCAGAGUUGUGGCCGUUACUAUUUUUGAACUUGUUAAUCUUUGUGUUAUUAUCUGAGACCUGCAGAAUGGAUUACGUUUUCUAAACUGUCCAAAUGUUUUAAUAAAUGCAUAUAUAUAUAUAUAUAUAUAUAUAUAUAUAUAUAUAUAUAUACGCAUUUUCCUUACAAAACUGGCACCAUUUUGAAUGGAGAUAAACAGG